AUGGAUUUUGGAAAUUGGAAAAUUCUGAUUAGGUUUUUGGAACGGGAAGAAGAUGUAGUACCAGGACUAGGUAGGGCAUUUGGAGACGUGGUAAUCGUCGGCGAUGACGAAAUCGGAGAUGCUGAGAAUGCCUUUCUCUUUGAAGGCAGAGACGAUGCAAGGACCUGGCAGAAUUGGGGUCAAGUCAAUAAUUUUAGAUACAAUUGCUAUUUUAUAUGCAUGGAUGCUUCUCUGCCUGUACUGGACUGAUAUGUUGAACAACAAGUUGAUUGCAGGAUAGAAGCUAGAUUACUUAAUGAAGUCUUUGACAUUUACAAUCCAGAUGCAGAUUACACUAGGGGGUAUCUGUGACAAGCCAUCAGUGUUUGGGAUUUUGAAAAUUUUCUGAGAGAUUAUUUUGAAGGCAGAUGUGAUGAAGAAAGUGAUUCCUCUGAAGGGUCUUUGUCCCUGAGAUCUAUAAACAAGGGUGAUAAGAUGUUGAAAGAGAAUAUUCAGGUAAUCUUGGAUACCAUUGGUGACAACUAACCUAAAAUUCUGCUAAAAGAAGCCAUUAACAGAAUGAAAUUGAACACCCGAAGACUUGUUCAUCGUCAAAAAAGGAGGAUAAAUCGGCUGCAAACAUUGUCUGGGUGGAACAUACAUUGUGUUGAUGCAACAUAAUUCAUAUCAUGCAAAUCAGAUGACUCAUGGGUCUCGCAAGCAGUCGAACCUGCAACAAAAGUUAUUAGAUCUUUCCUUAAUGAGAAGGCUAGCUCAAUUCCUGAUUUAGAGGCUCCAAAUAACAUGGGACCGAAACUAAUCUAGAGGGACUUGUGGACUCAAUAUAUCAGCAUUGGCAUGCUAAUGACUUUCCAUUUGCAGGCAUGUGGGGAUAGGGUACUUAGAGGAGUACAUGAGUGGGAACAACACAAACAAGGCCGUGGGCAACGAAAACGUAUUUCCUGGCUGAGGAAGUCUCAAGGAUUUUACUUACUGGAGCAGCAACAGCAACAACAACAACAUCAACAUCCUGACUGUAGCUAG